AUCUGCUCUCUUUGUCUAGCAGUAGAAAUAGAUACAUUUCCCGUUGCAAUUGACCUCAUUUCUUACCUACCGCAACCGUGAUACCCCACAACAUCUGAAUUCUCAUACGUUACCAAAGAAUUAGCAACUUCUUAACCUACUCUUCGAAAAGACUUCCAAAAUGGCGAUGUCCCAAGCUGCCCUGAAGGUCGAGAAAGUGCUCGGCCACGGCGACAACGCCACCACCGCACAGGAUAUCACAAAUCCCAGCAAAGACAAUGCAGGCGAUCCCAGCGAUAAGAUGAAGGCUCUGGCGUGGAUGGGCAAAGGCAAGGUCGAAAUCGUCGAGGCACUGAAGCCAAAGGUUAUGGAGAACCGCGACGUCAUCGUAAAAGUCACCGGAUCAACAGUCUGCGGAUCGGACCUACAUCUUCUACAUGGUGCGGUGGUCGAACUGGAGAAGGGAGAUAUUCUGGGCCAUGAAUUUUGUGGCAUCGUGGAUGAGGUUGGCUCGGAGGUCACGAACUUGAAGAAAGGACAACGAGUCGUCGCCUCCUUCCAGAUUGCUUGCGGAGAUUGUUACUACUGCAAGCAGAAACUCUCGUCGCAAUGCGAGAAGACCAACUCCAACACUCUCGAGAACGCAAUGUACGGCGGUCGAACAGCAGGCAUGUUCGGGUACAGUCACUUCACGGGCGGUUUCGCAGGCGGCCAGGCCGAAUACACUCGGGUGCCCUACGGAGACGUCAACCUCCUCUCGCUUCCAGACAACGUCCCCGACGAGCAAGGUCUCUUCCUCUCCGACGUGCUCGCCACCAGCUGGCAUGCCGUCGUUGACACCGGCGUGAAGAAGGGCGACGUCGUUGCCAUCUGGGGUGCAGGACCAAUUGGCCAAAUGGCCGCCGACUUCUCCAUCCUCAACGGCGCAUCCCGCGUCAUCAUGGUCGAUUCGAAUUGGCGCCUUGAUUAUGUGAAGUCGAAGUACCCCAACAUCGAAACCCUCGACUACAGCGCUCUCGGAAAAGGCGAGUCCGUCACCAGCAAGCUCAAGGAGCUCACCAACAACCGCGGACCCGAUAUUAGCAUUGAGUGUGCCGCCGGAGAAUACGCGAAGGGUUGGGCGCACUACUUUGAGAUGCUGCUCGGCCUUGAGACCGAUACCAGCGAGAUCGUGAAUGAGAUGAUUACCAGCACACGGAACUUUGGCAGCUGCGGCAUCACUGGCGUCUACGUCGGCUUCACCAACCACUUCAACAUCGGCUCCCUGAUGGAACGCGGCAUCCGCCUCAUCGGCAACGGCCAAGCGCCCGUCCACAAGUACUGGGACUCCCUCCUCAAGAUGAUCCAGGACGGCCAGAUCGAGCCGCUGAAGAUGGUGUCCCACCGCGUGCGCCUCGAGGACCUCGACAAGGUGUACUACAAGUUCGAGAACAAGGAGGACGGCAUGCAGAAGGUCUACGUCGAGACGAGGUUUUCGGCGCCCGCGGCGAAGGGGUCGCCGGGUUUGACGACUUAUUAGUUAGGGGGGAGAGUGUGAUUACUUAACGA